ACAUACUGUACAUCUCACUCUGCCUACAGUAUAUUACACUAUACACAUAAUCUGAUUUCUUCAAACAGGAAACAGUCACUUAGUUGUGUUUAAUAUACAGAUUGCACAGGCAACAUAAGAGUCUUGUAGACAUUUUUCUUGGCCACAGGCUUUCUAAACCGUCUCCCUGAAGGUGGGAAUUAAUGAGAGGCAUUUUGCUUUUGCAAAGCUUCCAAGUAGACAGGUGGAUAUCCAAAUAGAUCAAGAGCACAGCUCAGAAAAAUGGUCUCCACUAUUAUUUCUGAGUCCCUCUGCAAGAAAACAGCUAUGUCACCUCAUCAUCAAGUUGGAGAACUGGAAAGUCAUGUUUACUGCUUAAGGGGCUGGUCCACCAACAUUUUCCUUUCCAAGAAUGUACACAUUUCCUUGGAGAUGGACAUGUGACAAGAACACCAUAAAAAAGUUCUGGGUUAUUUCUUGCAGAUUAUAACAUUCUAGUUAUUGUUAAAAUGAAGUCUGCUCUCCCUGUUCACAGUGUUGCAGAGUGAUUCAACAGGAAAAAAUGGGCAAUGGCCUACGAGUGAUGGCAGAGAUCCCUGAUCCAAAGAGAUCCCUUCCACUGAGGAGCUUCCACCAUCUCAAUCCACACAACAGCAACAACAACAACAACACAGAGAUUACAGAGGAAGCCUACCCCAGGACUCACCAGGACAGCAAGAAUCCGCAGAGCACUUCAAAGCCCGGCGACUUGAAGAAGCCUGUCAGCAGUGAUGGAGCCCAUGCCCUUGAGGAUGCUCAUAUCCCAUCUGGCACAGGCACCACCAAAGAGGGCGAGACAGUCCUCCAGCAAGAAUGGCAGCUCGAGGUGCUUUCAGCCGGUGAAGAGAGACGAACACCCUCCUCCACCUCCCGCAGCAUCCAGUGCAGGAGGAAUGUGUUUGAGAGGUGGGCAGCCCUGGGGCAUGAGUCCGAAGCCAGCAGCAGUCUCGGGAGGCCCACAGCAAAGCGCCAGCUGUCUGCAGAGAGUGCACAGACCUUCAGGGUGGUGAAGAAGAGCACAGUGAUGCAGGGGCCUCGAAGGGAGAUGGUCUCACCGGCCCAGGGGAGAGACAGAGCAGCACUAAUCCCACGCACUGUAGCCCUGAAGAAGAAGUCAAGGAAGGAGCUAUUCUCUAGUCCAGAGGUCUUCCGCAAAGUGGACGCCCAUGCUCUCAGUACUGGGAAAGAGCUGCGAGCACAAGGGAUUUACAGUGUGCAGAAGAUCGGCCAGACAAUCACACAGGGGGCAGUGAGUGACCUGGAGAGGGUGCGAGCCGUAUGGACCUGGUUGUGCCAUAACAUAGAGUACGAUGUGAGUGGGUACCUGGGCCUGUCAGAGAAGCUAUGCUCGCCGGAACAUGUGAUCAAGGCAGGGAAGGGCGUGUGCUGUGGCUACUCCAGCAUCUGUCUCCAGAUGUGCAGUGAGGUGGGUAUCGAGUGCCGGGAGAUAUCUGGUCAUGGCAAGGGCAUCGGUUACCGUGUGGGACAGAGCUACCAGAACACCAAGUCCAACCACAUGUGGAAUGCCGUGCGUCUGGGGGGCCAGUGGUUCCUGUUGGACGCCUGCUGGGGAGCGGGCACAGUAGACAUCGAAAGCAAGACCUUCAUGCCCAGGUACGAUGAAUUCUACUUCCUGCCUGACCCAGAGGAUUUCAUUGACACACACUGCCCAGACGAGCCCCAGUGGCAGCUCCUGGACCACCCUGUCCCCCUGGAGGAGUUUGAGAGGAGGGUCUUCAAGACUUCCGAGUUCUAUAGGAUGGGCUUGACCGUCCUGUAUCCCAAGCACUCCCACCUGCUCACAGUGAACGGAGAGGCUACAGUGUCCCUUGGCUGCCGGAGACCACUGGACUUCACCUACCAGAUCUCCCAGCAGAGUGGCGUCAUCACCCAGGAUGUCAGCAGCUCCUUUGGACUGCUAACCAUCUCCCGAAUGGGCAUGAAGCUGAAGCUCAUCCCUCCGGCAUGUGGCAUCUACGACGUGAAGAUAUUUUCUCGUCCCGCUAACACGGCUGGGACCUUCCAUUGGGUGUGCUCCUUCCAGCUGGAGUGUCCAGAGCCCCAGCCUUCUGAAGAGCUUCCAGAGAACCCCUUUCUCUCCUGGGGGCUCCAGCAAAAUGCGCAGGCCUUGGGCUUGAAAGAAUGCUCCCAUGGGGCUGAGCCUAUCAUGUUGGAGAACGGAUCUUUUGAGUUGGUAGUCCGGACAUCAAAACCCCUAAUGUUGCUGUGUGAGCUCGUCCACAAAGACCUGGACACCUGCCUGGCCAAGAGGUGCCUCGCUACCCAAAUUGAGCUGGACCGGCUGACCUGCCAUGUCCUGUGCCCAUACCGAGGAUACUACCGCCUGUCUGUCUUCGUCAGGGAUUUUAACAGGCGAGAGGAUCCAUUUCAAAAUGUGGGCAACUUCCUGCUAAAGUGCACAGGGUCUGGGAUCAAUCUCAAUGAGCUGUUUCCACCUGCCCUCAGCACAUCCUGUGGCCCUGGCAUUAAGACAGCACAGGCUGGCAUCUCGAAGUUCAGCCACACUGGAGCCAUCAUCAACACCCAGCAGGGCAAGUGUAACAUCACCUUCCAUAACUCCAGGGACCUGGAGCUCCAUGCUGUCCUGGUGAAGGAACCCCUCAAGACCUCUGGUCACCCCCUAAGCAGACAUGUCCUAUUCACCCAAACUGACUGCAAGGUCACUGUGAGCGUCUCUUUGCCUGAGGCUGGAAUCUACAAACUGGGACUCUAUGCUAAGACAGACUCCAGCCAGGACUUCAGCCACCUGUGCGAUUAUGUCUUGAGGUGUACCUCAGAAAAUAGGUGGCCCCCGUUCCCUAGUACCUACUCAGCUUGGAGGAAAGGCUGUGUGCUGUUCGAGCCCAGGGCUGGCAUGCUUGAGCCUCUGAGCCGGGUCCGGUUCCGGGUUCGAUGCCCCGGGGCACAUAGCAUAUGCGUGGUGGGCGAGUCGCAGACAGACCUCCAGCUCAAUAAGAGUCGGGUGUGGGAGGGAGAGGUGUUCACAGGAAGUGCAGUUCCAGAGCUGAAACUGGCUGGCAAGUUCAAAAGCGAAUCCUCAGACAUGGAAGUUAUCUUGUCCUUCAGCCUACUGAAUAACCAGAACGAGCUGUGAACCCAGGAGCUGCUGUGAGAAAUGACUUAAGUGGAAAAAUUCUGAAUGAUGUCGUACUUUUAAAGUAAAAAUUUAAAACAACAUUAACAUUAACAAACAUUAACCUUGAAGUGGUUGUUUUUUUAUUUUGUC